AUGGCACAAACACUGCAACCACACUGGCCCGCACAAGCGCCCUCCUACAACGACCACAUCCUCACAAUCACAUCCUCUUCUUGCGCAGAUCCCUAUGUCCUCUGGGACAAAGGCACAUACUACAUGACCUUCACCUGCGGCGGCCACAUUGAAAUCUGGGCCGCCGACUCCCUCUUCGACUUUGAAAGGCGCUGCAGAAAGGAGGUUGUGUGGCGUCCCCCGCCCGACCAGCCCUACAGUGCCGAUCUCUGGGCUCCCGAACUCCACGCCAUCAAUGGGAAAUGGUGGGUUUAUUUCGCGGCCGACGAUCCCAAAAUUGGCAACAGGAGUCAUAGGAUGUACGUGCUCGAGGGCCCGCCGGCAGACGAAAACCCACUGCAGCCUGCAAAGUGGAGGUUUCAUGGACGAGUGGGCGGGUUGCCAGAGGACCAGUGGGCUAUUGAUGGGACAGUUGUCGCGCUUUACGGAUCGCAAUUCUUCGUCUAUUCGGGCUGGCCGUUUGGAACACAUGCGGAUGAGAGUCGCCAGGAAAUCUACAUCAUUGAGAUGAUCAGUCCCACAGAGUGUAAAGGACGGCCUAUCCGCAUCAGCACGCCAGACUUGCAGUUCGAAUUCAGCGGCACGAGCGGUAUCAAUGAGGGCCCACAGUUCUUGUGCUCGCCGGAUGGAAGGUGGAGUGGGAUUGUGUAUAGCUGCGCCGGUAGCUGGACCCACGAGUACAAGAUGAACGUCCUAUACUAUACUGGUGGUCACCCACUGGACCCGACAUCUUGGGCGAAGAGCAACAAACCCUUACUCCAAGCCUCGCGUGACGACUCGCCUCCCUAUGGACCCGGUCACGGCAACUUUGUGCUCGUCAGCGGUCCCUCUGGGCCAGAGGUCUGGGGCAUUUUCCACGCAACGGAUGCGAAAACCGGAUGGGAGGGUCGAAAAGCGCGUGUGAUGCGUGUUGGAUGGGGAAAUGGCGGGCCAUUCAUGGGCAACGGUGAGUGUGGGAGGUGCUGUGGUGAAGUCGAGCAUUUCAUCCAGGGAUGCCCAGGCGGUGUUUGCGGUGGACGAGGACACGGUGGCAGCGCCGGAGGAGGUGGAGGAUCGUUCCUGCAACCGGGCAGACAGGGCGGCAACAGCACUGAGGAUCUGAAGAGGGAGGUUAAGAACCUUGUCAAAGGCGGAAAGGGGCUCAUCAACUUUGAGGAUGAGGAACAGAGUCAUCAUUUUGAGUGCGAAACCAUUUCGAGAAAGAGAUAUACCAAUUCAACCCCUUCAAUAUCGAUACUUUGUCCCAGCGUUCCACUUUUGAAUGCUCUACCCGCAUUGACUUAUGGAGACGACGAGCUAAACAAUACGCUCAUACGCGGGACUCCUAGGCGCGGAAAAGCCGUCUCAUCCCUACUUAAAUCGACACACACACCACACACAUAUGCACACCCCUCCACCCUGCGCCCAAACAAAGUCUCAUCACCUCCACUACCUCCACCACCCAACAUGGCCAACAUCCAAGGAACCUGCGACCCCCGCUUCGCCCCCCUCCAAGCCCUCCUAGAACAAAACCUGACCUCAGGCCUCGAACUCGGCGCCUCCAUCUGCGUCAACCUGCACGGCACCAACGUCGUCGACCUCUGCGGCGGGUACACCUCGCCCGCCAAAACCCAAGCCUGGACGCCCACAACCCUCGUCAGCAUCUGGUCCACCACAAAGACCAUAUCCGCCCUCGCCACCCUCCUCUGCAUCGACCGCGGCCUGCUCGACCCAAACGCCCCCGUAUCCACCUACUGGCCCGCCUUUGGCCAAAACGGCAAACAAGACAUCAAAGUCCGCCACCUCCUCUCCCACGCCUCCGGCCUCUCCGCCUGGUCCGACAAAAUCUCCAUGCAAGACCUCUGCGACCUCGACAAAUCAACUACCCUCCUCGAACAACAAGCCCCGCUCUGGCCCCCUGGUUCCGCAUCCGGCUACCACGCCUGGUCAAUGGGCCACCUCCUCGACGCCCUCGUCACCCGCGUCUCCGGCAACCCAUUCGCCCAAUUCAUCCAAGACGAGCUAGCCCAGCCGCUGGGCGCAGACUUUCAACUCGGCGCAAAAGAACAAGACUGGCCCCGUCUGGCGGAAAUCGUACCCCCUUCGCCCAUGGAACCUCCUGCGUCCGUGGCAGACGCGACGAGCAUUGCCGCCCAGACAAUGCGGAAUCCGCCACUUGAUGCAAAUGUGGCAAAUACGCCGCUCUGGCGACGUGCGCAGCUGGCAGCGGGAAAUGGGCAUUCGAAUGCGCACUCGGUGGCGCGCAUCAUGUCUGUGAUUUCGCUUGGUGGCAGUGUCGACGGCAAGCAGUUUCUCUCGCCCGCGACCAUGGAUCUCGUUUUCAAGGAAGAGCAGAAAGGUGUGGAUUUGGUGCUCGGGGUGCCGUUGAAGUUUGGCCUUGGCUUUGGGCUUACGGGCGAAGACACGAAUAGGUCGUGGAUUCCGGGGGGGAGGGUGGCGACGUGGGGGGGUUGGGGAGGGAGUAUUGUGGUCAUGGAUGCGGAUAGAGGGCUGACGAUUGCCUAUGUCAUGAAUAAGAUGAUGUCGGGGCCAGCCGCUGAUGAGCGGAUGAGGGGGUAUGUAGAGGCUGUGUAUAAAGCAUUGGGUACUGAGGUCUAA